AUGCUUUUCAACGGUGAGGAGAUUGUUCAAGUCACUGGUCAAGGAACCAGGAUCUUCACGGAUAUCAGCGGCUGCCAACACGAUGGGAAAUAUUACUUUGCUGACACAAGCGGCUGCGACUCAGAAGGCGGCUUUGUGACUUGUUCUGCCGAAUCGGAUCUUACCGUAGUUCCUCAGACAAAUACUGACUGCGUGAGAGACGUCAACGUGUGCACAGUGACCGCCUCCAACCUAGUUUCCUUUGACGCCAACUACUCGGUCUCGGUGGAAGACCGCUGUGCCUACACCCUGUUCUCGGAACCAAACGUGCGGGUGGUGGGCGUGUUCAAGGAACGUCGUCGUAAAGAUGUUAUGUUCUUGGACCACGUGAUCAUCCACCUCAUGGACUCGGACGGCAUCGUUCAACUUGGACCAGCAGACCGAGUGAAGGUCAAUGACACUGAGCUGAACUUGAACAGUUCAGUAGAGACACAUGGCGGUGUAGAGGUCCGCAAGAACGACACUGGUGUCACCGCUGUCAUGUCGUAUGCUGUCAACUACACCACGUCUGUCUUCUUCAAUGGCAACACCGCCCAGGUCUUCAUGACAUACGUGUGGGUGUUAGCAGAGAACGCCUACGAAGACGAUACCAACCGCGGGGGUUUGUGCGCCAACUCCAGUGAGACCUUAAAUGAGGCCAAGUCGUCUGACUUCAGCUCCGACAGCUGUGAGAUGCAGUUCAACGAGCCAGCUGACCCAUCCAUCAACUGCACCGCAGUCACUGAACACUGUCAAAUCCUGAACGGCACUGACUUCACCGCCUGUCAUGCUGACAUCGAUCCAGAGCCAUACGUCAGCGCCUGCAACCACACGCUGUGUCAGUAUCCAGAUGUGGACGGCCUCAAAUGUGAGUUUUUGGAGGCUUACGCUCAAGCCUGUAGCCUGAAGAUGAACCACACGUUGGAGAGCUGGAGGACAGACGCCAACUGCUCCGACCCUCUGACCUUCUGUCAGGACACUCGCUGUGUGGAUCACGAGUUCUGUGCCGAUGGCGUCAACGGUGGAAUCGGCUGCUUCUGUCGGGCCAUUUUUGCCUCCAAUCAGACUCUAGAUGUGCUACCAGUCUGCGUGGAGAAUUCUGCCUCUGUCACCCUGGUGGGCUGUCUCCUGGAAGAGCGGGGUGUGGACUACAGGCAACUGCACCUCAACAAUGACUCGUGCACAGGACAGGUGAACGAAUCCAACCACAUGGUGACCUUCAGCUUUGACAGUCAAGAUCCAUGCGGGGUGCUGGUGACGGCCAACGCCAGCCACGUGCUCUACGAAAACACCGUGGUCAACGCUUCGGGAGUGCCGGAACCGUUUCAAAUGAACCUGUCCUGCUUCCAGACUCAGCCAGAGCUCCUGAAUAUGACCUUCCGGAUGCAAGCAAAUUCGGUGAUGAAGCAGAUGGUGUCUGGAUUGUGGAACUACACGCUAAACAUGACCGCCUACAAGGACUCAGCACACAAAUAUAUGUUGCAGCCGAACGUGGCCAUUCAGCUGAAUCAGAGCAUCUUUGUGGAGAUGAUGACAGAGGGCCUGGAUGGCAACCUGGUCUCCUUGGUGACCAACUCCUGCUGGGCCACCGACGGGCCAUCGCCUGAUGAUGGUCUGCGAUUCGACCUGAUCUCUGAUGGCUGUUCCCAGUCCAGCCGGCUGGUCAAGGUGGGGAUUAAUGGACAGACAACGUCGAGCGACUUCUCCUUCCACAUGUUCCACUUUGUUGAAAGCGGCAACGAGAUCUACGUGCACUGCAGCGUUGUACUGUGUCCUAACCAGAACGGAGACUGCCAGCCGAGUUGUGGUGGAGGCUGGGUUCCAAAUAAGAGACGACGCAGGUCUGCCAGGUCUGAAUAUGUUGAUGAAAACCCCGCCCUCAUUAGCAUGUCCUGGACUAUUUAG